GCAGGGCUGAGUGUCUCUCACAUAAAGGCGAGGUUCAAGGGUAGAAACUUGCAAUUCCUGGCCCGGAGGAGUCAGUGGGCUGAGCAGCAGAUCAUGGUCUGAACCCAGCUAUCAUCGAGCCGAAGCACAGCCUCGUCUAGCACCUCGAGUGCUGUCAUUCUCUUUUCUUUUUUCUUCUCCUCGGUGAAAUCUGAUACAACCAUCAGCGGGUUUUCUAUGCAGUUUGGGAGGCAAAGAUUUAAGCAAAUUGCCCCCUCGCGUGUGUUUCGCAGUCAUAAACGGCUUCUAGAGGAAAAGAAACAUUCAGCUCAUUACUGCAGCGAUUCAGAUGCCUUCCACUUUGAGCGAGAGGGACAACCCCUAAACCCCGUUUUUACACGAGGGACAGACACACAGACAUCUCCGUCAUCCUCCACUUCAUGAAAAAAGGACGUGUCUCGGUUAGAAGAAGAAGGUGACCAGAGAGCUGACGGUGGGGGAUCAUGGCAGCUACUUUAUCGGCGGAGGAGGAACAGGCUACCAGGCAGUUUCUGGAGGAAAUCAACAAGUGGACCAGUCAGCAUGGAGUGUCACCGUUGUCCAGGGAAUUGGCCGUCAAGUUCCUCAUGGCUCGCAAGUUUGACGUCCUCCGAGCCAUCGAGCUAUUCCACAGCUACAGAGAAACGCGUCUUAAAGAAGGAAUCGUCAGACUUCAGCCUCAGGAAGAACCUCUGCGCUCGGAGCUGCUCAGCGGAAAGUUCACCGUGUUGAGUGUACGGGAUCCUUCGGGGGCCUCCAUUGCCUUGUACACGGCCAAACUCCACCACCCGAACAAGACAGGCAACCAUGUGGUGCUUCAGGCCCUCUUCUACCUCCUGGAUCGGGCCGUGGAAAGCUUUGAGACCCAAAGGAACGGCUUGGUGUUCAUCUACGACAUGGCGGGCUCCAACUACACAAACUUUGAGCUGGACCUGAGCAAGAAGAUACUCAACCUGCUCAAGGGGGCGUUCCCUGCCAGGCUGAAGAAGGUGUUGAUCGUCGGGGCCCCCGUUUGGUUUCGAGUGCCGUACAAUCUGCUCAGCCUGCUUCUCAAGGAGAAACUUAGGGAGAGGGUUCAGAUGGUGAAGAUGGCCGAGCUGCGCCAACACCUCCCCAGAGACUGUCUGCCGCAGCACCUCGGCGGCCUGCUGCCUCUGGAGUCGUACAGUUGGAACCAGCAGCUCCUGGCGGGCCAGAACGGCCGCGUAGACCCGGUGGACGAGCUGGUGGGCAUUCCCGUGGAAGACGCCUCCAUUCACGUCCCGGGACCCGAGUCCAUGCGCCCGCAGGAGCUGCUGACGCACCUCGGCAGGCUUCAGCGCUCAGGCAUCCAUCAAGAGUAUGAGGAGCUCCGUAAAGAGCCGCCGCCCGGAAGCUUCCACUGUGCACAAUUAGCUUACAACCAGGAGAGGAAUCGCUAUGGAGACGUGCUGUGCCUUGAUCAAACAAGAGUUCGUUUGAAAUCCAGAAGGAACGAGAGAUCAGACUACAUCAAUGCAAGCUUCAUGGACGGCUACAAACAGAGGAAUGCAUACAUUGGUACUCAAGGACCUCUGGAAAAGACCUACGGGGAUUUCUGGAGAAUGGUCUGGGAACAAAACAUGCUUGUUAUUGUGAUGACAACCAGGACAGAUGAGGGCAGUCGGAAGAAGUGUGGACAGUAUUGGCCUCUGGAGGAAGGGGGGCAGGAGGUCUAUGGCCACAUGGCGGUGGUUAACCAAAGGGUGGACCACCACACCCACUACAACCACACCACGCUCGAGCUGCACAACACUGAGACAUGUGAACAGAGACAAGUGAGUCAUUUCCAGUACCUCAGCUGGCCUGACUACGGCGUUCCCACCUCAGCAGUGACUCUCAUUGACUUCCUGGGAGCUGUGAAGAGACAACAGAGGAAAGUGGUGAAGAGUUUGGGACUUCAGUGGGCGGGCCACCCACAGGGACCCCCAAUGGUGGUGCACUGCAGUGCAGGGAUCGGGAGAACAGGUACCUUCUGUGCCCUGGACAUCUGUCUGUCCCAGUUACAGGACGUGGGCUCACUGAACGUUUGCCAGACGGUGCAACGCAUGAGAACACAGAGGGCCUUCAGCAUUCAAACCCCGGACCAGUACUACUUCUGCUACAAUGCCAUUUUGGAGCAUGCCCAAAGGCAGGGCCUGCUCCCAGCCAAUCAGUGAGCUUCAGCCCCCCCCCCCUCCCCGACUUCCCCAAUUAACCCACGAGCCCUGAGAUUUCUGCAGUCAAAUCUGUUAACCCCAAAUUGUGUUGUGUGACCAAUUUGUGAGACCAGGAAAGUAAAGUGGGAGAAGCUGUCUGUUGAAACUAUAGGCCCAUUCUUCAUUGGCAGGCCAAGACGAGACAGUGACAACAAAAAGGCUUGAGGGUGACAUUGUGAUGUUUCAAUGUGAUAACAUUCUCGCUUCCAACAAUGUGACAUUUUGUUUGUGCCGAACACAUCUCAGACGAUACGUGGUAGCAUGAACAAACUGCUCCUGAUCAGGUCUGUGGUCGGGCACAUUGAGUGGAGUGAUCGAGGUGAUGUUUGUUAACCUUUUUGUAUAUUUAUUUUGCCACUUUAAACCGACGGUUUAGGGGACCUUAAAGGAGUAGUUCACCCCAAAUUAAAAAUUCAAUCAUUAUCCACUCAUGCCAUAUUGGUUAAAACUAUACUAAACUUUGUAUGACUGCAAAUAAAUGACUUUUAAUUGCAUUUCAGUCAAGUUAACAUGGCACAUUGUGCACCAAAAAGUUACUUUUCUCCUCACAACUGCUGUGAAAAGUUUUGUUUUUUUAACAGCCAAGUGAAUGGCCAAUAGGCAUAAUUACUGAACACAGACAAUAUCUUGAUCAGAUGCAUGAAGUAAGCACUAAACUUAUUUUAUUUUUAAGAGCUGAGUGGGAACCACAGUAGCUAGCUUAUCUUUUUUCUUAAUAUUUCUAAUAUACAAAUUGUAUUUAUUGCAUUUAUAAGUAACAUGGACAAGUCGCAAGUUACUGACAACAAUUUUCAUUUUGGGGUGAAAUGAGCCUUUAACUAAGUACACCAUUUUUUUUUAUUCCAAAUAGGGAGCUUGAUCUCCACUGUCACGCAACAAUAAUGUAUUUUUUGUUAGGUUAAUAGUUUUUACACCUCCUGUGUCCAGGAAAUAUUGAGUAGUGCAUUUUUAGCACAUGGUUUAAGUCACGUAGAUGGUACGAGCUAGUCUCAGGAGUGUCCAUGAACACAUGGAGGUGAAACCGCUCAAAAAAAAAAAAAAAAUGAAUACAGGAAGUCUUUUGCCAAGAAGUUGUUCUGUUCCUUUGAAGUUGCAUGAUGCAUUCUCCUCUGCCUUAGAAAGAAAACUCAGUAAAGAGGGGUAAAGCACAUCCGAUAUGAUCAGCUGUAAACUCCUAAAUGGCCGAUACAUCCCCACUGUGAUCACUCAUUAAAUUGCUGUCCAUGUGAAUUCCUCUUUUGUUUUUCCAAAUGUAUCCUCUGACCUUCCAUCUCACUAAAUUGAGAUUUUUCUAACGUAUACAGACAGCGACUAGUGUCUUUGUGACCGCCUUUGCUCACUAGCAGUGCCAUCAUGCUUCAGUGGUUGUGGGAAUGUAUCGCUAAGCGCCCACUCGCAUACACACGCACACAUUUAGAGCCGUCUGCAGUGAUUAUGCCAUCGAAGCCAACAUCUGUGGAAGUCAUCGGUUAAGACCUCAUGAGUAGUGCAAUACUUCUUUUUGUGUUUGUUUUACACCAAUCAUGUCUUAGCACUUUUAGAUAACUAUUCCCAAUGUGCUCUGAGAUCAGUCGUCAUCGUGAUAGGAUGGGAUGACGCAUAAAACGUAAUUCUGUAGGUCGACGCGUGAUGCUGGGAUAACUUAAUUGUUACAUUUAGUAAUGCUGAAAUAUCAAACAUUAGUGUGACAUUUUGGACUCAGUGUAAACAUCUGCAUAGAGCUUUAUCACAAGGUUUUUUUACAGGGAGGCCAGAAAUGAAUGAUAGAAUAGGUGAACAGGCAUCCACAAAUCUGUGCCUACACCCUAUAGAGUCCUUCUUGGACACUUGAAAGUCAGAAAUUUUGUCUGAAGUAUAUUUUCAUUAUUAUUGUGUUACUUGUUAAGUUCUACAGACUGUGGUUGUAAUCAGUGCUUUCAUCUGGUCCCAGUAUCUUGCCAUUAGUAUAGAGUACAUGUACAAAAACUGAGUGUCUGUGUGUCAUACGUUGUAUUAUGCUGUUGCUGGGUGAAAAAAAAAAAAAGUGUGUUCUUUGCUACAGAAUUCAUAUUGAAUUUGCUUGUGGUGAAGCAUUUUUAAGUCUGCCAUCAUCAUGCACUCUGAUUUUAGAAUUAUUUUUCCUUUCAAUGACGGACGCAAAAUGUGCCCUAUUUUAUUUUUCUAUUGUAUUCAGCAACUGUUUUCAUACGAUUACCCAGGAUAUACAGUUAUCUACAUUAAUUUUAUAUUUGUUUAUUAUAACCUAUUACUUUAUCAUUCGUAUGACUAUUGAAUCAAGCUAUACUGUAUUAAAUACAAACUGUCAAUGUA